CACACAGGAGCAGAGGCGAGUUCCACGGUGGAGUUGCGCGGCGUUGUGGCGUACGUUUCACUGGGCGUGGGGGGGAGGAGGAGGAGGGGAAGGAGCGUCCGCCGGGACUAUUUAUCCCCUUCUCCAACUGUCUACCUCACCGUUCUCUUCGACGAUAAUGAUGACACCAAGGAGGAGGAGGAGGACAACAACAACAGCACUGACAACACCAGCAGUACCACUGGGAACGGAGACAAUGCCUUCUCGAUGUGCGUAAUGUCCCCGAUAAACUGGAAAGGACAUGUGAACAGCUGCAGCACCGUGGGAACUUGGUACUGCCUCCGACCGAAAGUAUAUGCCCCAUGA